AUUCUGGCACUACGUCUCCUGCAGGCAGUCCUGCCCUCAUGGGACAAGACGGAGCGUUCUCAGGACAUGAAGUUCCUGGUGGACAAGUUGUUCAGCUUCUUGGGAAGUCUACUGAGCACCUGCUCAUCAGAUCUGCCACUUCUCAGAGAGGGUUCCUUGCGAAGGAGGAAGUCCCGCCCUCAGGCGUCUCUUACAGCCACUCACAGCAGCACCCUGGCGGAGGAGAUUGUUGCUGUGCUGCGUAUUCUGCACUCUCUUGGCCAGUGGAACAGCCUGAUAAAUGAUUAUAUUAACACUCAGCUGAGCUCCAUUGGAGAUGUCAUGGCAGGCUGCCAGUCUGAAGCAUGUUUCCUGGAGGAGUAUUUUCCUGACUCGGAGGGUCCUAGAGUGGGCAGUCUGAUGGCAGUGCUGGCAGUGAUCGGAGGUAUUGACGGGCGCCUCAGACUAGGUGGCCAGGUCAUUCAUGAGGAGUACGGAGAAGGAACAGUCACACGCAUCACCCCUAAAGGUCGCAUCACUGUCCAGUUUCAUGAAAUGAGGACCUGUAGGGUUUGCUUGCUCAGCCACCUCAAACCGCUGGCUGCAGUAUCCUUCAGUGUGCAGAACCUGCCAUUCACCGAGCCCAUGUUGUCAGUGUGGGCACAGCUGGUCAGCCUGGCUGGAAGCAAACUGGAGAAACAGCGCAUGAAGAAGUCCCUUAGUCGAGGGCUUACAGCGGACCAGGUGGACAUCCAUUUGCUGCGAUGCCAGCAGCUGAGGCUCUAUAUUUUAAAGGCAGGACGGGCUCUGCUCUCUCAUCAGGACAAACUCAGGCAGAUCCUCUCCCAGCCGGCAGUUGUGGACAUAGGACCCAACCCCAGUGGUAAGAUCUCAGCAAAUGAA